AGAUUAAUGGGAUAGAGUUGGGGAAGCCCUUAAAAAGUACAGGAUAACAUUAUUAGUAAUGAAAGAUUCUUGUAAGAAGAGGUAGAUGCUUAAUUAACUCCUUAAAAAUGCCCUCAUUUAAGACAUGUGAUAAAAUAUCACUUUAACUAAAAGAAGAUCGAAUUUGAAUGCUUCCCUGAUUUUACUAAAUUAAAAAGUCUUGAAGAACUCAGUCUUAAUAAUGAGCUAGAAAAUAAAGAUUUGAAGGAAAUAUUCAAAUAACUUAUUGAAGGAUUAUAUGAAUUGCAUAAAAAUAAUUUCAUAGGAAGAUGUCUUACUUUAAAUUGCAUUACUUAUGAAAAAUAGACCAAUAAACUUAAUUACGGAUCUUAUGGGUUUUUUCAUUCAGCAGACCAAUUGUAAUUUCCUCCUGAAUGUUUAUAUAAGAUGAUAAAUACAUAUGAGUCAGAUUUUUGGUCAAUAGCUAAAAUAAUGUGGUAAAUAUACACCAAAACGAACGAUUAUUAUGGUAAAUCAAUCCUAGAAUUAGGAAAGGAUCUAUUAGCGUACAAGAUAGAAGCCUAAAUGAUAAAUAUUAAUAAGGAGCCAACAGAAUUGGUUUAGUUGAUAAAUAAGCUGCUUCCUGUAUAUUGUGGACAAAGAAUGACUAUUGAUGAAUUGUUGGAACAAAAAUACCUAGACUUUGACUAAUAAAAAAGAGAAUAAAUGAAGAACUUUUAUAAGACGUAUCAAUUUGAACAUUAUUUCUUAAAACUAAUGAAAAAAACACAUCUAAGGGAUCCUCAAAAAAUUUUUGUCUAUUAUAUUGAUCUUGAUAACCCAAUUUGUCAGGAAUAUAGAAAAGAAAUAUUUUAAAUUCUAUUAACCUAUAUAGCCUUAUAAUUGUCUUUUCAUUACCCAAAUAAUGAUGAAAAGAAAAAAGAUAGAUAUCAAAAACUAGUAAGCACCUUAUCGAAAUAUUUAACUAUUAGUUCAAAAAUUUUGAAAGAUAAACUUGUGCUCCAGGAGAAAGGAUUUUUGCAAAAUAGAGAUGCAUUUUUAAAGUUUCGCGAUGAGAUAGUUAAAUCACAUGAUUUAGCAUACAAGUUUGAAAAAUUUGUUAUAAAAGAGUGGCUGAUUAAUUUCUAAGAAUUAAAAGGCUAUGAUGAUGAAGAGAUUCUUAAGAUAAUUAGUUUUAAAUUGUAUCAAUUCAGAGCCUAAGCAGCUAUGCCUAAAUCAGUAUCUUAAAGGGUCUUAUUGAAUUUGCUAGGCAAUUUAAAGGUGAGUGAGGACACAAUGAAAGAUUUUAAUUCAGGUAAUUUAGAAGGGAAUUUAUUAAAAUUCCUUGAAAAAAUGAAAUCUAUAGGGGAUGAAUUAUAAAAAUGAGCC